AUGCCGAAUGGCGAAGAUGAAGAGAAGAAACCCAAGAGGAAGAGGGGGAAGAAGAAGGAGCCGGAGAAACCCAAACGGAGCCUGAAGGGGACAUCGCGGCUGUUCAUGGGCUUCCGAGACCGCACACCCAAGAUCUCCAAGAAGGGCCAGUUCCGGAGUGCGUCGGCCUUCUUCUGGGGCCUCCACACCGGCCCCCAGAAGACUAAACGCAAGAAGAAGGCACGCACGGUGCUCCAGUCGACGUCGAAGCUCAUGACGCAGAUGCGCAUGGGCAAGAAGAAGCGCGCGAUGAAGGGCAAGAAGCCGUCCUUCAUGGUUAUCCGCUUUCCCGGCAGGCGUGGCUAUGGCCGCCUCCGGCCGCGCGCCCGGUCGGUCAGCAAAGCGUCCACAGCCAUCAAUUGGCUCACCAAAAGGUUCCUCAUCAAGAAGGCCGAAGAGUCCGGUAGCGAACACACCACAAUGGAUGCCUGGCUCAGUCGCUCCGGCUCCCACGUGGGCUCCCGCAAGCUGCCCUUUCCAUCGGGCGCCGAGAUCCUGCGGCCUGGAGGCCGCCUGCGGAGGUUUCCCCGCAGCCGCAGCAUCUACGCAUCAGGUGAGCCGGUGGGCUUCCUGCCCUUUGAGGACGAGGCACCCUUCCGGCACGCGGGCUCCCGCAAGUCCUUGUACGGGCUAGAGGGCUUCCAAGACCUUGGCGAGUACUAUGACUACCACCGCGAGGGCGACGACUAUUACGACCAGCAGUCACUCUACCAGUAUGAGGACGAGCAAGAGCCCUACCUGGCCGCCUAUGGUGCCUACAACCCAGCCUGGCCACCCUACGGAGACCACUCCUAUGGGUACCCUCCCGAGGACCCCUACGACUACUACCACCCUGACUAUUAUGGUGGCUUCUACUACCCCAUGUCCACCUAUGGCUACGGCUACGGCUACGACGAUUACGAGCCCCCCUACGCGCCCCCAGGAGGGUACGCGUCUCCCUACAGCUACUACGAUGCCUACGAGGGCGAGCUGUACCCACCUGGCUACUACCUAGACCCCUUCGUACCUUACCAUGCUCCAUACCCACCCUACGACCUCCCGUACGACCUCCCAUACGAGGUCCCCGCCUUUGAUCCCUACGGGAUGCCUUAUGCAGCACCCUAUGGCGUCCCCUACCCCGAAGGCGUCUAUGGUGCUGGGAACCAGGCCAUCUACGCCCCCGAAGUGCCCUACCUUUAUCCGGAGGAGUCGGCCUUUGCAUACCCAUGGGUGCCGCCGUCCCUCCUGUCACCACCCCACAACCCUUACGCCCACCCCAUGGAUGACAUUUCGGAGCUGGAGGAGCUGGAGGACUCGGAGGAGACGGCCCGGGAACGGCAGGGCACCUCUUUCCGCCUGCCCAGCGCAGCCUUCUUCGAGCAGCAAGGCAUGGACAAGCCCGCCAGGUCCAAGCUCUCCCUUAUCCGCAGGUUCCGCCUCUUCCCGCGGCCCCAGGUGAAGCUGUUUGGGAAGGAGAAGCUGGAGGUGCCCCUGCCCCCCUCCCUGGACAUCCCCCUGCCCUUGGGAGAUGCGGACGAGGAUGAGGAAGAGGUGCCUCCCGUGCCCACGCGGCCCUAUACACACCCGUUUUGGGGCUUCCUCACGCCGCGCCAGCGCAACCUUCAGCGCGCUCUGUCGGCCUUCGGCGCCCACCGCAUCCACCACGGCCUGGGCUUCAGCCCUGAGUUUGGCCUCCCCCAACCUCGCCCAGCCACUUCGGCCACUUCGCUGGCGCGCUUCCUCAAAAAGACGCUGUCGGAAAAGAAGCCCGUCCAGCGGCUCAGGGGCAGCCAGAAGACCCGGUUGGGAAGCCCGGUAGUCAGGGAGGCGGCCUACAAGCGCUUCGGCUACAAGCUGGCAGGCAUGGACCCAGACCGGCCCAACACGCCCAUCAUGUUGAGGAGGGCCGAGGCGCGCACGCGCAACAACAACAACUCGCACCACGUGCCCGCGCCCGUGCCGCCUGCCCACUGGAGCGCGCUGCUCUCCCCGCCUGCGCCCCGGCGGCCCCCCAGCCCCGGGCCCCUGCCCGAUGCCCCGGUCUCCCCGGCCCACUCUGGCCUGCCCCGGCCAGCCUCACCCUAUGGCUCGCUCCGCCGCCACCCGCCGCCCUGGGCCGCCCCGGCCCAUGUGCCGCUCACACCGCAGGCCAACUGGUGGGCUUUCGUGGAGCCCCCUCCUGUGAGCCCCGAGGUGCCCCCCGACCUGCUGGCCUUUCCCGUACCCCGACCCUCCUUCCAGGGCUCCCGCCGGCGAGGGGCAGCCUUUGGCUUCCCUGGCGCCUCCCCAAGGGCGUCGCAGAGGCAGGCCUGGCCACCCCUACCCUCGCCCCAGCCCUCUCUGAGGAGCCUGCCGGGCCUGGGCUACCGCUCGCCCCUGGGGCCUGGGUCCCCUCAGCCUUCCAUCCGCGCCGGCCGCUUCCAGCCGCCCUUCUCUCCGCUGCCCCGCCGUCCCCGCUCGUUGCGGGAGCCCUUGUUCCCACGCCGCCCAGUCUCUGGGCGCCGGGGACCACCCCGCUCUCCCACACUGGGCUCCCGACAACAGCCCUCACCGCCCCCUCUUCUGAACUCUAGCCCGCGGCGCUACUCACUCAACCUGCCCUCGCGCCUCCCACACACGUGGCGCCGCCUCAGCGCACCGCCCACCAGGGCCGUGAAGCCCCGGGUCCGCCAACCCUUCCACCCGCCAAAGAGUCAUAGGUCUUGGCGGGCAGCAGUGGCUGAGGCUAUGGCUACCGCUGAGCUCUCAGAGAGCCAGCGUGAGUCCGAGGACUCAGAAAUACCCUGGACUGUGCCUCCACUGGCCCCCAGCUGGGACGUGGACAUGCCUCCCACCCAGCGCCCAUCCUCGCCCUGGCCAGGAGGCGCUAGGAGCCGCAAGGGCUUUUCCAGGCCACCCCCUAUACCUGAAAACCCCUUCCUCCAGCAUGUGGGCCCUCUGCCAUCCACAGACCCCCAGCCCGAGGACCCAACCUCUGAUUUGACCAGUGUCUUCCUGGGUAGACACCAUGACCCAGGGCCUGGACAGCUGGCCAAAUCCGCCAGCCCCAGCCCUGAGAAACCCAAAGAAGAGGACCCCCAAGGGGAUCCCCAGCCACCAACAGAGCCUGAACCCCCAACCUCAAUGCCCCCCAAGGAUUCCCUUCCAGACCAGAAGGCGCUAAGCCUAAGCCUUUCCCACCCACUGUCCGCAAGUGACCAGAUGAGGGCCAUAUGGCCACCAUGGCGCCUCUGGGGGACGCUGCCGAGUGCCCCAGCCCCCUUGGCGCCCACUGGGGUCCUGGGGCCCCUAUCCAAGGUGGGUGAGGGGCGCCAGGCAGGUCCUGGGCGUUGUGCCGUGGUCAUGCCCCAGCAAAAGCUGAGCUCUUCCCAGCCAGUUGGUCCUGCCACUCUGCAGCCCCCCACCCAGCUGACCCAGGACCCAGGACCCAGCCCUAAGCCAAGAGCCUGGAGUCUGGUCUGGUCCUGCUUCUGGCUGUCAGUAGAGACCCACCAACCCUGGCCACAAACACAGGACCACCCCGCAACCUGCCACCUGGAUCCUGGAGCUGACUGCCUGUCCCAUGGGGGCCCCUGGGAAGAGGUUGGCCCCAAGAGCUGGUGGAACAAGAUGCAUUCCAUCCGCAACCUGCCAUCCACACGGUUCCGCGAGCAGCACCGGGAGGACGGCGUGGAAGACAUGACACAACUGGAAGACCUCCAGGAGACCACCGUGCUGUCCAACCUCAAGACCAGAUUUGAACGGAACCUUAUCUACACAUAUAUCGGUAGCAUCCUGGUGUCGGUGAACCCGUACCGAAUGUUUGGAAUCUAUGGGCCGGAGCAGGUGCAGCAGUACAGUGGGCGGGCCCUGGGAGAGAAUCCCCCGCAUCUCUUUGCAAUUGCAAAUCUUGCCUUCGCCAAAAUGCUCGAUGCCAAACAGAACCAGUGCAUAAUCAUCAGUGGAGAGAGCGGCUCUGGAAAAACUGAGGCCACAAAGCUGAUUCUACGCUACCUGGCCGCCAUGAACCAGAAACGGGGCAUCAUGCAGCAGGUGAUUCAGAUCCUGGAGGCAACACCUUUGUUGGAGUCCUUCGGUAACGCCAAAACUGUCAGGAACGACAACUCCAGCCGCUUUGGGAAGUUUGUGGAAAUCUUUCUGGAAGGGGGGAUGAUAUCUGGUGCCAUAACUUCCCAGUACCUGCUCGAGAAAUCCAGGAUUGUGUUUCAGGCCAAAAAUGAGAGGAAUUACCACAUCUUCUACGAGCUGCUGGCCGGGCUGCCUGCCCAGCUCCGGCAAGCCUUCAGCCUUCAGGAGGCUGAAACCUACUACUACCUGAACCAGGGUGGGAAUUGUGAGAUUUCAGGGAAGAGUGAUGCAGACGACUUUCGCCGGCUCCUGGCCGCCAUGGAGGUGCUGGGCUUCAGCGGAGAAGACCAGGACAGCAUCUUCCGCAUCCUGGCCUCCAUCCUGCACCUGGGCAACGUCUACUUUGAGAAGUAUGAGACGGAUGCGCAGGAGGUAGCCUCGGUGGUGAGCGCCCGGGAGAUCCAGGCUGUGGCAGAGCUGCUGCAGAUCUCCCCUGAGGGCCUGCAGAAGGCCAUCACCUUCAAAGUCACUGAGACAAUGCAAGAGAAGAUCUUCACCCCCCUGACAGUGGAAAGUGCCGUGGAUGCCAGGGAUGCCAUCGCCAAGGUCUUGUAUGCGCUGUUGUUCGGCUGGCUCAUCACCAGGGUCAACGCGCUGGUCUCCCCACAUCAGGACAUGCUGUCCAUCGCCAUCCUGGACAUCUAUGGCUUUGAGGACCUGAGCUUCAACAGUUUCGAGCAGCUGUGCAUCAAUUAUGCGAACGAGAACCUCCAGUACCUUUUCAACAAGAUCAUCUUCCAGGAGGAGCAGGAGGAGUACAUCCGCGAACAGAUCAACUGGCGGGAAAUCACCUUCGCUGACAACCAGCCCUGCAUCAACCUCAUCUCACUGAAGCCCUAUGGCAUUCUGCGCAUCCUCGACGACCAGUGUUGCUUUCCCCAGGCCACAGACCACACAUUUCUGCAGAAGUGCCAUUACCACCACGGCGCCAACCCACUCUACUCCAAACCCAAGAUGCCACUGCCCGAGUUCACCAUCAAGCACUACGCAGGCAAAGUCACCUACCAGGUGCACAAGUUCUUGGACAAGAACCACGACCAGGUGCGCCAGGACGUGCUGGACCUAUUCGUUCGGAGCAGGACGCGGGUGGUGGCACACCUCUUCGCCAGCCAUGCCCCGCAGGCUGCCACUCAGCGUUUGGGCAAGAGCAGCUCUGUCACCCGGCUCUACAAGGCGCACACAGUGGCAGCUAAGUUCCAGCAGUCGCUCCUAGAUCUGGUGGAAAAGAUGGAGAGGUGUAACCCCUUGUUUGUGCGCUGCUUGAAGCCUAAUCAUAAAAAGGAACCAGGCCUCUUUGAGCCAGAUGUGGUAAUGGCACAGUUACGCUAUUCGGGGGUGCUGGAGACUGUGCGGAUCCGCAAGGAGGGUUUCCCAGUGCGGCUGCCUUUCCAGGUGUUUGUCGACAGGUACCGCUGUCUAGUGGACCUCAAGCACAACCUGCCAGCCAGUGGGGACAUGUGUGUGUCGGUGCUGAGCCGCCUGUGCACAGUCAUGCCAAAUAUGUACUGCGUUGGCCUCAGCAAGCUGUUCCUUAAAGAACACCUCUACCAGCUGCUGGAGAGCAUGCGGGAGCACGUCCUCAAUCUGGCGGCCCUCACUCUGCAGCGCUGCCUCCGUGGCUUCAUCAUCCAGCGGCGUUUCCGCUCCUUGCGUCGAAAGAUCAUCCUGCUGCAAAGUCGGGCCCGAGGCUACCUGACCAGGCAACGGUAUCAGCAGAUGAGGAGGAGGAUGGUGAAGUUCCGGUCCCUGGUGCACACGUACAUGAGCCAUCGGCGUCACCUCAAGCUGAGGGCAGAGCGGAGGCUCCGGGUGGAGGAGGUGCGGCUUCGGGAGCAGGAGGAGCUGAGCAAGCGGGAAGUGGUGGCUGUGGGACACCUGGAGGUACCAGCAGAGCUGGCUGGGCUCUUGCAAGCAGUGGCAGGUCUCAGGCCAGCCCAGGUGCACCAGGUCGCCCCCGUGCGGACUCCCCGGCUCCAGGCUGAGCCCCGUGUCACAUUGCCCCUGGAUAUCAACAACUACCCCAUGGCUAAGUUUGUCCGGUGCCACUUCAAGGAACCUGCCUUCGGGAUGCUGACAGUACCCCUGAGGAUGCCCCUCACUCGGCUGCCUGUGGAGUACCACACAGAAGCCGUGAACAUCUUCAAGCUGAUUCUGCGUUUCAUGGGUGACCCCCACCUGCAUGGUGCCCAGGAGAACGUCUUCGGGAACUACAUUGUGCAGAAAGGGCUGGCAGUGCCCGAGCUGCGGGAUGAGAUUCUCGCACAGCUGGCCAACCAGGUGUGGCGCAACCCCAGUGCCCACAAUGCCGAGCGGGGCUGGCUCUUGCUGGCCGCCUGCCUCAGUGCCUUUUUACCUUCAUCACGCCUCAACAAGUACCUGCUCAAGUUUGUGUCUGAUUAUGGGCGGAAUGGCUUCCAGGCUGUGUGUCAACACCGCCUCAUGCAGGCCAUGAGCCGGGCCCAACAGCAGGGCCCUGGGGCUGCCCGCACCUUCCCUCCAACCCAGCUCGAGUGGAUAGCAACCCUGGAGAGGGCUGGCAUGGUGCUGGAUGUGGGCUGCUUCAAUGGUGACCAGUUCUCCUGCCCAGUGCACUCCUGGAGCACGGGGGAAGAGGUGGCUGGAGACAUUCUGAGGCACAGGGGGCUGGCGGACGGCUGGCGAGGCUGGACAGUGGCCAUGAAGAAUGGGGUCCAGUGGGCAGAGCUGGCAGGCCACGACUACGUGCUGGACCUGGUGUCAGACCUAGAGCUGCUCAGGGACUUCCCACGACAGAAGUCCUACUUCAUUGUGGGUGCAGAAGGGCCCAUGUCCAGCAGGGGAGGCCCAAGAGCGGUGUUUGGGAACAGCUGGGACUCAGAUGAGGAUGCACCUGUGAGGCCCCAGCCGCAUGGGCACGUGCCCAAAGUAGCUGACUCUAAUGGGUACUGCAGCCACAAUGAGGACGGUACAAAUGGGGAGACUGAGGCCCAGAGAAGGACAGCGACCCACCAAGACUUGGACAGCCUUGGAGAGCCCACUGUACCUCACAAGGGUCUGGACUGCUUCCUGGACAGCCUCUUCGACCCUGUGUUGUCCUACGGGGACACGGACCUGGAGAAGCCAACAGCCAUUGCCUACCGCAUGAAAGGAGGAGGCCAGCCUGGUGGAGGUGGCAGUAGCAGCACCGAAGACACCCCCAGGAGACCUCCAGAGCCAAAGCCAAUCCCAGGCCUGGACACCUCCACGUUGGCUCUGCAACAAGCCUUCAUCCACAAACAGGCUGUGCUCCUGGCCAGGGAGAUGACCCUGCAGGCCAUGGCGCUCCAGCAUCAUCCCUUGAGUCCCGCCCCAAGGCCCCUGCCCCCAGAGAAACCGCUAGCAUCAGAGGCACGGCCGAAGUUCGUAGGCACUGGACCCCCAGCCAAGCCUGUGCUCCUGCGCUCUACUCCAAAACCCUUGACCCCAGCCCCUCUGGCCAAGGCCCCCAGGUCCCCCACCAAGCCCGUGGCUGCCCCCAUUCUAGCUCAGGACCGGGCUUCUCCAGAAAUCACUUCGCCCUGCCCAGAGCGGGUCCGGUACUCGACACUCAACUCGGAACACUUCCCGCAGCCCACGCAGCAGAUCAAGACCAUCGUUAGGCAGUACCAGCAAGCCCCUGGGGGAGGCCGGCCUGAGGCCCUCAGGAGGGACGGCGGGAGGGUGUUUGUGAAGCGGCCAGACCCCCACGAGGAGGCCCUGAUGAUCCUGAAGGGACAGAUGAACCAGACAGUGGCAGCACCUGGUACCCAGGUACCCAGAGAGGCUGUGGCCAUGGUGAAGCCAGUGACCAGUGCACCAAGGCCAUCCGCAGGGCCCACUCCAGUGCAGCCUUCCAGGUCACUGGAACCUCCCGAGGAACCAGUGCAGACACGGCUACACCGCCUCCUGAACCCUAACUUCUACGGCUACCAGGAUGCCCCGUGGCGAAUCUUCCUGCGCAAAGAGGUGUUUUACCCUAAAGACAGCUACAGCCACCCUGUGCAACUAGACCUCUUGUUCAGGCAGAUCCUGCAUGACACCCUCUCCAAGGCCUGCCUGCGCAUCUCUGAGGAUGAGAGGCUCAAGAUGAAAGCCCUAUUUGCCCAGAACCAGCUGGACACACAGAGGCCCUUGGUGACGGAGAGUGUGAAGCGGGCCGUGGUCAGCACUGCACGUGACAGCUGGGAAGUCUACUUCUCCCGCCUCUUCCCUGCCACGGGCAGCGUGGGCACUGGUGUGCAGAUCCUAGCUGUGUCUCACACGGGCAUCAAACUCUUGCGGAUGGACAGGGGCAGCAGGGAGGCUGGCGGGCAGCUGCACGUCCUGCGUGCAUACAGCUUUGCAGAUAUCCUCUUUGUGACCAUCCCCUCCCAGAACAUGUUGGAAUUCAACUUAGCCAGCGAGAAGGUCAUCCUCUUCUCAGCCCGAGCUCAUCAGGUCAAGACCCUGGUGGACGACUUCAUCCUGGAGCUGAAGAAGGACUCUGACUACGUGGUUGCUGUGAGGAACUUCCUGCCUGAGGACCCGUCUCUGCUGACCUUCCACAAGGGCGACAUCAUCCACCUGCAGCCCCUGGAGUCACCUCGAAUGGGCUACAGUGCCGGCUGUGUUGUCCGCAAGAAGGUCGUGUACCUGGAGGAGCUGCGACGGAGAGGCCCAGACUUUGGUUGGAAGUUUGGGACCAUCCACGGGCGCGUGGGACGCUUCCCUUCCGAGCUGGUGCAGCCCGCGGCUGCCCCCGACUUCCUGCAGCUGCCUGCCGAGCCGGGCCGGGGUCGCGCCGCUGCUGUAGCUGCGGCCGUGGCCUCCACUGCUGCUGCACAGGAAGUGGGCCGCAGGAGGAAGGGUUCCCCAGUCAGGUCUGGCUCAGCUGACCGUGGGGUGGACGGCCUGGCCCUCCUACCAUACACAAUGCUGGAGUUUGCCCAGAAGUAUUUCCGAGACCCCAGGAGGAGACCUCAGGAUGGCCUCAGGCUGAAAUCCAAGGAGGGCCGGGAGUCCAGAACCUUGGAGGACAUGCUUUGCUUCACCAAGACCCCACUCCAGGAAUCACUCAUCGAGCUCAGCGACAACAGCCUCAACAAGAUGGCCACUGACAUGUUCCUAGCUGUGAUGCGGUUCAUGGGGGAUGCUCCGCUGAAGGGCCAGAGUGAACUGGAUGUGCUUUGUACCCUCUUGAAGCUGUGCGGGGACCAUGAGGUCAUGCGGGACGAGUGUUACUGCCAAGUUGUGAAGCAGAUCACAGAUAACACCAGCACCAAGCAGGACAGCUGCCAGCGAGGCUGGAGGCUGCUGUACAUCGUGGCUGCAUACCACAGCUGCUCUGAGGUCCUCCAGCCACACCUCAUUCGCUUCCUCCAAGAUGUGAGCCGGACCCCAGGCCUGCCCUUCCAGGGGAUUGCCAAGGCCUGUGAGCAGAAUCUGCAGAAAACCUUGCGCUUUGGUGGCCGUCUGGAGCUCCCUAGCAGCAUGGAGCUUCGGGCCAUGUUGGCGGGCCGCAGUUCCAAGAGGCAGCUCUUUCUUCUUCCUGGAGGCCUCGAACGUCAUCUCAAAAUCAAAACGUGUGCCGUGGCCCUGGAUGUGGUGGAAGAGAUCUGUGCUGAGAUGGCUCUGACACGCCCUGAGGCCUUCAAUGAGUACGUCAUCUUUGUUGUCACCAACCAAGGCCAGCAUGUGUGCCCACUCAGCCGCAGCGCCUACAUCCUGGAUGUAGCCUCGGAGAUGGAGCAGGUGGACGGCGGCUACAUGCUGUGGUUCCGGCGCGUGCUCUGGGAUCAGCCACUCAAGUUUGAGAAUGAGCUAUACGUGACCAUGCACUACAACCAGGUCCUGCCUGACUACCUGAAGGGCCUCUUCAGCAGCAUGCCUGCCAGCCGGCCCAGCGAACAGGAGCUGCAACAAGUGUCCAAGCUGGCCUCACUGCAGCACCGGGUCAAGGACCACUUCUACCUGCCCAGCUUGCGGGAGGUCCAGGAGUACAUCCCAGCCCUGCUCUACCAUACCAUGGCUGGCUCAGCCUGGCUCAACCUGGUCAGCCAGCACCGGCAGCAGACACAGGCACUCAGCCCUCAUCAGGCCCGUGCCCAGUUUCUGGGCCUCCUCAGCGCCUCACCCAUGUUCGGCUCCUCCUUCUUCUUCAUCCAGAGCUGCAGCAAUGUGGCUGUGCUGGCCCCCUGCAUCCUUGCCAUCAACCAGAAUGGCCUGAACUUCCUCAGCAUCGAGACCCACGAGCUGAUGGUGAAGUUCCCCCUCAAGGAGAUCCAGUCCACGCGCACCCAGCGGCCCACAGCCAGCUCCAGCUACCCCUAUGUGGAGAUCACACUGGGGGAUGUGGCGGCCCAGUGCACCAUGCAGCUACAGCUGGAGCAGGGCCUGGAGCUGUGUCGUGUGGUGGCUGUGCACGUGGAGAACCUGCUCAGUGCCCGGGAGAAGCGGCUUACACUGCCCCCCAGUGAGAUAACGCUGCUUUGACCCAGCCCCCAGCCCUGAAGCUGCUCUCUGCCAGAAGGCUUGCUGUGUGGCCCAGGGGAGUUACUCGACUUCUCUGGGCCAGUGAUCCCUGUAAGGGGCCAGAACCUUGAGGGAGACCAAGAGGUGGUAGGAGGUGUGACCCAAGUCCCUAGGAACCCUAGAAGACCCAUCCAGUUUGGCCAGAAUCACAGAAUGUAAUCUUGGGUCAGAGAGCAGGAGGAACUUCCAAAGGCUGGCUCGUGGGGCCUCCUGCCACGUGCAUGAUGUGGGACCUGCCUGACUCCCACCUGUGGCAAAGAAGCCCCAUAUCAGUUGCCUGGAUGAGCUAGACUUUGCUUUUGGUAUAACCUGGGCUGAUGUUCAAAUCUGUUCCACAUCCCAGCCCCUCACGUCCUCCUUGAGUGCCUUCCCCCUCCCCUCCCCCCGGACUGCUGCUCAGCUUGGAUUCAUGAACCUUGGUUAUUUCUGUGCAAAUAAAAGGUGUGCCUGGCAGCCACCAUUCCUCCAUGGAGUUGCUGAGUGGCUGGAAAACAAGUCUGACGGAGGAGGCAGGAGUUGAAAGCCUAGUUGUGCCUCCUGACUCACUGCCCAUGAACAAGAGCUUCCAGAAGAGACAUCUGUCCUUACCUCUGUCUGCAGAUCUCUCCCCAUACUCCGCACUGUUUGGGUGGCCCCAACCACAGGCCCCUAUCACUGGAUGGCCCACAUCAGGUUCAAAAGUGGUAUAGUGGAGGGAGAAAGAAGUUUCAUGUUAGGGGCUGGGGCAGGAGAAGACUGGGGAAGAGCUUCCCAGAGAAUAGCACUUUGUGGUUGGGUUUCGAAGGAUGAGUAGGAGUUUGUUAGGAAGAGAUGGAGGGGAGGAUGUUUGUUCCUUACU